UUUAAUGCUUAAUGGCACGUGCCUCAUUCCAAAGAAAGCUUUCAUUCACCAUUUGCAUUCCGACCCUUUGUCCUCGUUAUCUCAUUUUACUAACCUUUAACUUCACCCUUUUGGCCUCUUAAUAAAUCCACAUAUCCGCACUCGGGUGGAAAUGGAUGACUUUUACCAAUUCAUGAGUCCUCUCGAGGGAGCAACCAACAACGCGAAUGAUAGACCAAGUACUCAACCACUCGCAGCACAAACAGGAAAUGCUCAAUCAUCGUCGUCGACUUCGUCGACUUCCUCAAGGACCUCAUGGUCCGCCUGGGGUGUCUCUUUCAACAAACUAAUUGAGCGUGGUAAAAAGGAUAUGAACGAGUUUGUCGAUGUCACCCGCAAAGAUCUUUCUGAGCUUGUACACACGGUACAACAGGAACACUCGACUACCAUCGAGUCUUUAAGCAAAAAAGUUGGCGACCUUAAAACAAAUCUUCCUCCACUGCCUGCAUCUGUCAAUACUGCCUCAGCAGGGAUCUUGGAACGUGUAUCGACUGUUGUUGGGGGUAUCACCCAUGAAAUUAAAGAGGUUGCGACGGGUGUAUCAUCUAAUCCUCAGACUGUCGCACCUGACAACACUACAGAAGCCAAUGUUUCAACCGCAUCAGUAACAGGAUCUACUGAUAGUCCUUCCUCUAAACAAAACGCAAAUAGUCAUGGAGCAACAGCAUCUCCCAACGAAAAAACAGUGGAAGAGGGAUCGCUGACUGAUACUAGGGACACCAUGGAUAGCACUGCAUCCAGGAUUAAGCCAGACGAAAAGCCAAACUUUAGUUUAGCUAACACAGCUAGCUUACUUUCUGCCGGUGCCACAAGCUUGACACAAACACUGAGCUCUAGUACCAAGGAUAUAAGCUCAAGCGCAAACGAGCUCUUUAAGAAAAAGUUGCCAGCAGCAGCAGAAAAGCAUUUGGGUGAAGCAGACUUGUUCUUCAAGAACACUACAGAAACGCUCAAGACAAAUGGACUUCUUGCAGAGCAAUAUGUCAACAAAUUCGGAGCUGGUAUGGCGAACUUUCUUAACAGUGCUGUGGUCAUCUCGGCGCCAGGAGCGAAGGAAGCCACUCCAUCCCGCAGCAAGAAAAUGUUCUUUGAUAGAAAGGAGGCCAUGCUCGAGAAGCUACGAAUGGACCCUACAACGUUCACAGUCGAUCCUAUGACUACUAUCGCAGACGAUGAUAUUAUUGGACUUGAGCGCUAUAAACGUUUCUUGCAAACAUUCAACAUGGCAGAAUAUCAGCAGAGGACCUCACGAUUACUGAACGAAUAUCCAGAAUUAAAGGCUUUGAUGGGCAAACUUGUUCCGGCUGAGGUUGCAGAUGAAGAGCUUUUCUGGCUUCGCUACUACUAUCGCUUAUAUGAAAUUGAGGAGGAGGAAAAACGACUCAAAAAGCUUGUACAGGGUAUGAUGUGGUGCAUAUAUGGAAUGCUAGAUAUCAUGAUGCACUUGUGCCGCCUGUAAAUCCAAUUCAUUGUUAGUAAUACUAGUCGUCUAUCGAUUCUCUUUGUUCAGAAGCCGGAGCUGACCUUGCAGAGGAAGACUUUACAUGGGACGACAAUGAUGGUGAUGAAGAUGACAGCGAAA